AUGACCAGCGGCUCUCAAGGCUCACUAUGGCAGUUUAUGCACGCAAGCAAACUUCAAUUUCCGAGAGAACAUUCUCAUUGGAGUGACGGCGACGGUAGUACAAAGUGCAACCCAGAACACCAGAUCAAAUACAGACAUCGGUCACGCUCAUUGACGACAGCCCAUAUAAAAAAGAUCCAUCAUGUUCUCGAUUGGAUGAGAUAUACUUUUGACCUCAAAAACAAAGGUUUCAAGCCAAAUACGCGAGGGUCAUUCAUCCAAGGCUCUUUCGCCACCCUGAAAGAGCUACUCGUAAAGUUGCCAGACUCUAUCAGCUUCAAUGUUGAGAUUAAAUACCUGAGACUCCACGAAGCGAUUGAAGCUGGUUUAGCUCCCGUUGCGCUUGAGAUCAAUGGAUUCGUCGAUCGAAUACUGGAUCAAAUAUUUCAAAAUGCUGGAGGAAGGAAGGUAAUCCUUUCUUCAUUCACGCCUGAAAUUUGUAUUCUUUUGGCCAUCAAACAAAGAAGAUAUCCGGUUAUGUUCAUCACUAAUGCCGGAAAGCUUCCGGCUAGUGAUAUGGAAAUGAGAGCUUGCAGUGUACAAGCUGCAGUCAGACUUCUCAAGCGGUGGAAUUUGGCCGGUAUUUUCUUUGCAUCCGACAUACUACUUCUAUGUCCGAGACUCGUCGGCUAUGUGCGACAUUCUGGGUUUGUUUGCGGGUCUUAUGGCUCCUUAAACAACGUUCCAGAAAACGUGACGGUGAGUUAA